AUGGGCCCGGCGGUGCUCGGGCGGCUGCGGCCGCUCCUCCCCGCGGCCCCGCGGCCCGGCCUCGCCCCGCCGCCCUCCCGGGCCGCGCAGACGGGCGGUGCCGGAGCCCCGCGGCCGCGCCGCGAUCUCUACGAGGUACUGGGAGUGCCGUCCACGGCCACGGCGGCGCAGAUCAAGACGGCGUACUACGAGCAGUCCUUCCGCUACCACCCCGACCGCAACGCGGGCAGCGCGGCCGCGGCCGCUCGCUUCGCCGCCGUCAGCGAGGCCUACCGGGUGCUGGGCAGCGCCGCGCUCCGCAGCAAGUACGACCGCGGGCUGCUGAGCGCCGCCGAGCUGCGCGACGCGCCCCGGCCCUCGGGCCGCGCUCCCGCCGCCGCCCCGUCGCCGCCCCGCGCCCCCGCCGCCCGCCCAGGGCCCGGCCCGACCCCCUUCGACUUCGACGCCUUCUACCGUGCGCACUACGGGGAGCAACUGCAGCGGGAGCAGAUGCUGCGGGCGCGGAGGGAGCAGCUGAGGCUCCAGCGGGAGGAGUAUGCGGCACAGGGACGCCUCCGGGCCCUCUCGGAUCUCUCUAUCGGGCUCCUCUUCUUCCUGGGGGUGGCUCUCAUCUACGGCCUCAAGUGACGGCAGGGCGGCCCCCGGGGUGUCCCCCCAGCUGCGCGGUGUCACCAGGGGCUGGCAGCGGGCUGGGGGUGGGCCCUGCCCCGCCCCGCAUCUGGUGUUCGGGCUGUGACAUUGCACCCUGCCAGAGUGACCUUCAGGCACGGGGAAUGGCCGGCAGCGUCACAGGCUGCGAGCUGGCCUCUGUGCCAGUGUGACCUUCAGACACACAGUGCCCUGGCUGGCACAGUCUGUGCCCUCUGGAUGCCUCUGGGGGCACAGCCUGGACCAGGCCACUCAGGGUGACCUUGCAGGAGCUCUUGAUGUGCCCCCUCAGCCAACACCUCCUGCACAGUGCCUGGCAAGUGAGCACAGUCCUGGACUCUGGACUGGGAUGUGUCCCCUCCUUGGUACAGCUGUGUGACCCUGGGUGCCUGCAGAGAUUAAAGGCUGUCAGAGGUGCUGUGUGUGUUCAGCUGUGCCUCUGGUUCCUGCUGCUGCCACGCCUGUGCUGUCACACCUGCUGGUGCCACAUCUCUGGAGCUCCUGAUGGCCCAGCUGCACCACCCUGUGAGAAUGGCAGGUACAGGAGGCUGAGAUCAGACCUGAAAAAUGAAACCUGAGCCCAUGGCCUGGUCAGUGUGUGACACUGCCUCAAGCUGUGUGACAGCACUUUGGUGUCUGCAGUCCUCUGUCCUGUCUGGGGCCUGCCAGGAGCUUCACACCACCCCUCCCCGUGAGGAUUUUGGCUGUGGUGCACCUGAGAGCACCCAGUGCUGUUCUCUGUGUCUUACACGUGUCUGAGCAUCAUUUGCACAAGAGUAUUUGCCUAUUUAAAUACUGAAGUGUUUUAAGAACUGAAGAUUGUAUUUCUCAGAACCUUUUCUUUCUCCUUGGGUGAAGGUUCACCUGUGCUAUGCUGCUGCUGCCUGGAGGGAGAGAAGCUUCCUAGCCAUGGCUUGAGUGUGUCAAGGACUGUGUGGGACACUGGGUUUGCUGUCAGUGGGGUGAGCAGGAGCCCAAGCCUUGUCCAGAGCCUGGGUUGUGUUUUGUCCCAGCACAAGAAUGUCACAAGUGAAUGGAUGCCCUGUGUCUGCA